UCCAAACACUCGUUGCACUUCCAACACAGCCCUGCAGGAAAUACGGCAAAAACAACAAACUGAAAGAAAGAAAACAAAACAGCGACUACGCGUGAGGUCAUUUGGGGACACUUUCUACUUUGCGCUUUCCUCUUUCAAGAGUAGCAAAUGCGAUUGCGGCCACGAAUUAUCUCAGCUGGAUUUUUCCGUCAGCUAGUUGACUUGCUGCCCUCAGGGGGGCGCCAGAGGACUCCAAAGGCAAACACAUCAGGAAUCACCUGGGUGCUGGUGUACCGCACGGACAAGUACAAGCGGCUCAAGGCGGAGGUGGAGAAGCAAAGCAAGAAAUUGGAGAAGAAAAAGGAAACCAUCACAGAAUCGGCAGGACGUCAGCAGAAGAAGAAGAUCGAAAGGCAAGAAGAGAAGCUCAAGAACAACAACAGAGAUUUGUCCAUGGUGCGCAUGAAGUCCAUGUUUGCCAUCGGUUUCUGCUUCACGGCUUUGAUGGGCAUGUUCAACUCCAUUUUCGACGGGCGCGUGGUGGCCAAGCUGCCCUUCGUGCCGCUGUCGUACGUUCAGGGCCUGUCGCACCGCAACCUGCUGGGCGAGGACUACACCGACUGCUCUUUCAUCUUCCUCUACAUCCUCUGCACCAUGUCCAUCCGACAGAACAUCCAGAAGAUGUUGGGCCUGGCUCCCUCCAGGGCGGCCACCAAGCAAGCGGGGGGCUUCCUGGGCCCCCCUCCCCAGGCCGCCAAGUUCUCCUAAAACCCUCCCGUCUCACGGAAAAGACGUCCGUCGCUUGAAAAUGACCAGGGUUGUUUUUUGCCUAUUUUAUUCACGGAUCCAUUACCAGUAUUAAUGAUUGACCUCUAUGUCCUUUCUUACAUUGAAAUGAAGUUUUAUGGGUA